AUGCUGCGAUCCGCGUUUCUAUUGCCCUCCUGGUGUCGUAUUUCAUGUCUUGGAUUGAUUGUGUUUCUUCUCUUGGCAGGGCUCGCGCUUAUAGAGCGGGACGGAGGUCUGUUCCAUGGCGCGCUGGGCGACUCGAGCACCGUGUCAUCAGGAUUCUUGUCCAAGUUUAGGAAGCAGCCUGGAAGCCCCCAAGCCAAUGGCAUUAUUCUGAGCGCCGCCGACAUCUCGUCCUACAGAGAUGCAAUAUUCAACACUAGCUCGAAAACGCUUGACCGCCUCGAAUGCCCUGCAAUAAACGCCACUCGCUAUCAGACGCUGAAACAAGUCGCUUCUUCCAGUGCCAAAAUCGAAUACGUCUUCCCGCUGAAUCUGCGACAGAACCUGCCUCUUCUGCCCACCCUUCUUGGUUCCAUAGUAGAAGCCAUUCGAUUUCUGGGCCCAGAACGUUGCGCCCUGUCCAUCGUCGAAGGCAACUCUCCCGACGGCACCUUUGAAGUACUCGAAGCCAUACGACCCGACCUCGAACGUCUUGGCGUUAGCUACUUCUGCCGGACGACAGCCCUCAACCCGUCCCAAGACGAUCGCAUCGAGAAGCUCGCGGCCCUCCGCAAUGCGGCUCUCCAACCAGUCCUUGACAUACCUGACAUGCUGUCCCCGUCGUCUACAGUCGUCUUUCUAAACGAUGUAUUGGCCUGCGCCGAGGACAUUCUUGAAUUGGCCCUCCAGCUACGCCUGCUCGGUGCCGACAUGACGUGCGCCAUGGACUGGGAAAUAACGGAGCCGCCUCGUUUCUACGAUGUCUGGAUCGGAAGAAGCAUUUUAGGAGAUACUUUCUGGGAUAUUCCUGCGAAUAUGAGCUGGGACAAAGCCUUGGACCUGUUCUCCAACGAACCGGAGACGGCCAAACGAUUCGGGCAUCACCUACCGUUCCAGGUGUUUGCCUGUUGGAACGGGGGCGUCUCGUUCCGAAUGCAGCCGCUUUUGGAAGGACUGAGAUUUAGGGCUCCUAAUUUUACCGCCGGCGAGUGUGUACAGGGAGAGCCACAGCUGUUUUGCGCCGAGCUGUGGUAUCGAGGCCAUGGUAAGAUUGCCGUCGUUCCGGCCGUAAAUUUCGGAUAUUCGAAUGGGGGUUACGACUAUAUAAAGAAGAACGUUGGCUUCGUGUCGGAUUGGGUCAGAGACCAGUCCCCAACCACCUCCCACAUUAACUGGGUUGGGCCGCCAGAUGAAGUAAAAUGCAUCGAGCCAUGGUCCAAGCAGUUCUGGCAGCCCUGGAAUGCGGGCUUGGAGGCGAGGCAGUAA